AAUGGGAGGAAGCUCUCAGGAGAUUGAGAACAACAGUGACGACGACAGUGGUUCCAGCCAUAUGUCGGUAGAAAUUGGCAGCUCACAUCCUAGCGAGAUUAAUGACCAGGUAAAUAUCCACGGAUCGAGAGGAUCCACUCCGACCGAGUUCAUAGCCCGAAAACACGGAGUAGAGCCGGAGGUACUGGCUGAACGUGUUAGAACUGUACUCAAAUUCAUGAACUCACGAGACCAGAGACCGUUGUGGAACUACGAGCAGAUCACUCCGCAGAAUCUUAACAUCGACAGUGUUCAUCUCAUGCACUCAUUUCUAAACUCGGUUUUGUCUGUGUUUGACGCUCUCGUGGACAUAGAGCUGAAAAAGGAGUUUUGUAAGGAAACCCUUAGUUGGGCGGUUCAUUGUGGACAGAGACACUACGCUGGAAGAAGUUUCGAGAUAUUCAGGUGUUUACAAACAGAACUAAGCAGUGAGUUCUUGCUAGAGGUUCUCCGACGCCUCAUGGAUCAUGUUUGUGACAUGGACGACUCCCAAACGGGUUACGUAGUGGAGUGUCUGUUGACGCUGGAAUGUAACAUCCUGUUACUCUCUGAGCGGAUACAUUCCGAGUUACUACCUCAGUUCAAAAGACCACAACAGGAGCGAUGCCACAGCUGUAACAGCGCAGUGCCACCACCUCCCCCAGUGCUCCCACCCACUACACACCUACACUGGUCCACCCCUGAGUUCCUAUAUCUGGACCGUCUGCUCCGGGACUCUACCUUGCCACGUGAUAGGAUACAUCCGGGAAUGUUUGAGAUACGAGAUAUGGAUAUCGAGGAGAUUAUGUUCGAUAUUUUUAAUAAAACGGAUACGAUAAAGAGACGCCCAAUAGACACCCGGCGACACUCCAGCUGGGACGUUUUGCCACCAGGAACCAAGGUCACCUCCAAGCAGCACCUUCUGGGUGGUAGCACCGCUUCCGAUGAAGUCAGAGGACGCUCGUCCAGUGAGCACAACAAUCUCCGAGUUAAGGCGUACAGUCUGACCAGCUUCAGAGACUCAUUCUCUCAGCUAGCAAUAGAGUGCCUCCCUCAGGAGUUCUCCCUAAAAGAGCUACUAACGGACGACGACCUCUUCGUAAUAUCCCGUGUAUUCUGGUGCUCACUCUGCCUCAGUGAGAGUGAUCUAGAACACGAGUUCUCGUUCGCCACACGGCUCAUGAAAUGCAUGUUGGACUGUCUUUGUGUGUCUGAUACCUACACGGAGAACUUGUUGGAGAAGGUUCUGGAGGAAAUGAGCUGGAAUAACUUCCCUGGAGUUAUACAUCUCUUUCUGAAGGGUGUUCCUACUCUUGAUCUUAGUGAGCCAACUCUGGAGCUGCUGGCUAAACUCAUUCCACUCAGCAGAAAGAAAGCAUUCCGAGGGAUAGACGACACGGCUCUACCUUUAACCAUCCUGUCUUUACUGCCUAAACUUAUUGCUUCUUAUGAUUCGCCAGACGCGUUCUGUUGUAAGGUUGCGGAAGACAUAUCAAUGAUUUGCAGAGAUUACGAACCUUUAAAAGACCUGGCUAAAGUAAUGCAGAUGUACAUAGAGCAUACUUACCCUAGGAACUGUCAGAUGUGGAUAGGAGCCGUGUGUAAGUACAUUAACGACGCCUACAUUGAGCACUGCCCGGACUUCCUGGUCUACCUGAUAAACGUCCUGCAGAACGGACCCCAUGACUACCAUGAAGCUAUCCUGAAGAUAGUGUAUCAGAGUAUCAAGCAUAUCUUCCUCAACCACCACUUCAUACCCAUACACAACCCCAGGGUACUCCAGGUGUUAGCUAAACAUGAGUUCAGUACAACGCACGAGGAUCAGCAGAUACUAAAGCUUAUUAUCUCUCACUCCAGCACCAUCAGCUUGCCGGUGGACACCGCUAAUAUUGACCACUAUCGAGCCUCUCUAGGCGCAUUCUCUCUCUUCGAACAUGGACUACCUGAACUUCCUGGCCGGUCCAUUCAGUUCAAGGUAGACUUCAAAUCAGACUCCAGCCAGGAAGGCACCAUGUCCUCGUCCACCUCGCAGCAGUCCCUAGCUAACUCUACACACAACCUGGUUCCCAGCACCAACUGGAGGCGACCUACUGUGUGUUUUAGGAAGUGCAGAGAUCGCAUUGCUAGCUUGCUCAAGAUAUCCGGUGACAUAGAGCAGACAAACUCGCUUGUGUUCAGUGCAGCUAGUGAUUGUGAGAUCUCUAAAGAUAUGUACCAGAGCACCAGUUCUUCAGAUAGUGUUUCCGGAAUGGAACCCAGCAUUCCUCAUGCUAACGUUAACCAGUCUAGUUCAAUACCCAGUAUACCGGAUGACACAAGUCUGGCCGGGGCACUGAACCAGUUUGAUUUUCUGAACGAUGAGAACACUGCAGAUGAAGGGAACGAUACUGACUCUAUCAACAGCAGCUGGAGGGGUGGACUCAAUGCUUCAAGUUACCAGGCACAUAGCAGAGACAGUAGUGUUGACUCGCUGGGAGGGGGCCGUGAAAAGACCCGGUUUAAAAGUAUGCCUCACAUGGAGAGAGAUGAGCUGGAUACUCCAAUGAGACGGGCUGUCUCCACCAUGUCUCCAUCCAGACAUGUUUAUCCUGGCAAGUCACAGUACGAUGAUGACAACAUGACUACUGAUUCCGAGUUGUCUGACGACGGACAGAACAACACUUUGAAGCGACCCCGCUCCUCGGCUUCGCCUCAUUCGCGUCUCUACUCAAAACAGAAAAAUAAGAUAGAGGAACAUGAAGACGAUAGUUCAGACACCUCCAGCCCGGACGGACCUGACUCAGCCACACCUAAACUUGAAUAUUUUGACAGUUCAAGUUCAGAUUUAGAUGAAGAAGGAGGUGAAGGGCCGAUGUCACCUCAAGCUCCGGACUUAUUUGUCCUACCCCCCUCUCCUAACUACUGCAACUCUGUCGAGUUAAAAUGGCUUGACUCUGUCACUGACUUGAUAAGGAACACAUCAAAAGACCUAGACUGUCACAUUAUUCUUAUCUUCCAACGAAUAGUCAAAUGUCACCUCCUCUUUCUCCGAGAAACCCUGACCUCCUCUCUUGAUGGCUUCUCUCACGCCCUCCCCGAGGAGAUACUAUCCGUCUUCAACCAGUGUCUCUCCACCUUUAACAUCCUAGAAGUACCCUUCAUUUUCAUAGACAAUGUUCUGUUGAAACAGGAAUAUGUCAAGAACAAGAUCCAGUAUCACAUAUUGGAAUCCCGGGAUAAGAUAGAAUAUCUGGCAAAACAUCAGCUCAUCACCGCCCAAGAUAUCAGAUCUCUGGCUGGACACUCCUCUGGCGGUCCCAAAAACAUGUCGAAACAAAACCUCAAAGCCAAGCGGAGGAUAACUCAAGUUUGUAUGGACCUCCAGGCGCUUCAUUUUCAAUAUUGCUCGCUGUACAGGACGUUUUCAAAUGUUGUGGACCUGGUUUGUGAGUUGAGGAAGGAGGAGAGUGCUUUGGAUUUGUCAGAUUAUGUCAGUGAUCUUGCUAGCAGACUCUUCCAGGCUCAAAUGAACCCUGACAUAGCGUCCUUGUCAUCGCACAGUGACAAGUCCCUCCCUCGCGACAUCUUCACUCUGGAUCCUCUACCUGAACAAGGAGUAGAUUCAGAACAAGCUCCCUCCCCUGGCACCUCUCCCAGAUCCAACGGAUCAAUACCAGAAAUAAAGCACACCAAGCUGUCACGGUCACGUGACCCCAGCAACGAACGGUCACGUGAACCCAGUAACGAAUCUUCCAGAACGCGAGGAAGCGAAUCUUCCAGAACAAGGGAGAGCAGUAUCGGAGCUCCUUCUGCCGUUACACUAGUAGUGGAGACAGUUCAGACACCAGAAGUACCCGUAGCGUCUGUAUUACCUGUAGAUGUCCCUGUGAUUAAUAUUGGGUCUGCUACAGUGAACAGACCUAAUCAUAAAGAUAAGAAGCGUAUGUCACAUAGACGGGGUUACAGCGAAGCCAACAUUGAGAUGUUCAAAAGUGUUCAGUUAGAGUUCACUGAAGGUAUCAACAAGUCGAGUGUUUCUCAGUAUAAUCUCAACAUCAACCCUACUGCUACCUCUCCUACUUCACCUCCCAAUAUGGGACUAACAUACUCGGACUCAGUGAACAACAUCCACCUGUCCCAAGUAGAAUUAAGAGUUGAGAAUAUCGGACAAGAUGGUGUGUCGGAGGAUGAUACGAGUUCCGUGGUCUCUGAAAUUCCUCCCCCGCUCACCCCCGGAACAGAGCCUAUUUCUGAGCAAGACUUCCCUCUACCACCUCCCCCGAACGAAGCCUACUACACAUCCCCCCAAAUAGCUCGCAGAGAGAUAGAACGCGGAAUCCAACAUGCUCCCAGCACCGAGUCGAUUCCAGAAGAAGAGCUAGACGAGAGCUUGUACACAGAGAUGGGAGAAUUAAAACUGCUGUCUCAGUUAGAACUGGAAGAGAGAAGAUCACGUAAAGGUUCGAGUAAUGAGGGGUCGCGUCACUCCCGGACUAGUUCCACUAGUGGACCUCACUCCACGUCAUUCUCUUCUGAGGAUAGUUGUGAGGUAAAGAUCCCAAUACCUGGAGCAGAGCAGGAAAUGGUAGACUGCACCCUGACCAGCACAGCCCUGCAACUCUCCCCCAGUAACCAAACCAUCACUGGCAUGUCCCCCACCAUCUACACCGGGAUCAUGUCAUCACUAACUGACUCGCAGUGCAUCGUCUUUAUUAACGACCACAUCAACGCUGUAGCGGAUACCGCUGCUAUAGAGACCCUGCACCAGGCUCGGUCUAGGUUCGGCGGGUUUUAUUUCGGUACUAAUGAGUGUGAGGAUACGUUGACGCUGGUCGGGAUUUUCUGUCAGCACGGGACGAUCCCUGGGACAAACGGGACAGCAGGGAAAGUCGCCUUGUGGGGGACGACUUGUGAAGACUUGGUGAAGACCACUCUUAUGACUGACACGCUUCAUUUAGAGAACGCUAUGAAGUCGUUUACUUGAGCUCAUUUCACUGAUUGAGAUGUGAAAGGUUGUGAUGUCAAAGUCCAGUAGAAAAUUAAGAUCGGUGUGAUUUGAACGACGGAACCUCAGAUUUAAAAUUGAGGUCAAGAUCACAAUCAAACAUAAGACUAGCAUUGCUGGAGUAGCAAGGACCUUAAAGUUAACUAAAUGCUAAAGAUUUUUCGUUACUGAAGUCUGUUUUCUGACGUCAUAGAUAGAAUAGGGUUAAUUUUUAUACUGAUUCAGUUUCAAGAAAAUAAAAUGUACGGCAAGUUGAUAAUUAUGGAAUCGAAUUAGUGUAUAAUUAAUGAUAAAUAAAACUAAUACCAUUGAUGUAUUUAUUUUCUUUUAAACUGUGAUUGGAGCUGGUCAGCAUUACGAGUUUAAACCAGGCUCGUAGCCAGGGAGAAUUUUAGAGAUUCGUGAAUCUAACUCCCCAAAUAGUCAAUACCUUUUCUGGCUUAAAUACAUUUUGUAGGUACAAUCUAAUUGUUAGAUCCGAUUUCUGAUUUUACAUUUUAAAUCUUUUGAUUGCAAGAGUAAAAUAAGCAACUGGAUCUCCCUUUGAUUACUUUUUGCUUCAGCUCUAGUUCCAACGCCAAUUUAAAUUCAAGAUGUUCAGAUUUUUUCACUAUUAGAAAUUUCACUAUAUAGAAAUUUAUCUGUAAACGUAAUGAUAUAUUUGUUCAGUAUUCGAAGUUGAGUAACUGUAAUAUUUUGAAAUGUUUUCUAUCAUA